CCCUCUGCUUAACCGCCACGUGGAAAUCUUUGAUUCCCGCUUCAUCCUGCCCGCCCUUUCCUCCUAUAACUACACUCUUCAUCUUCUCCCUCUGCCUCUUCCUUUCGCUUCUUCUCCAUUCGCCGUCGGUUUAUCGGCGAUAAUUUAAUUUAAUUUAUAAAUAUCAGCAAAAUUAUAUUUUCCUUUUAUUUUGUAAAUAUUUUCCCGUUACACUCAGGCGCAUUCAUGACCGUUCGAUCUUCCUCCUGAUCCGGGUUGUAAAUUUAUCAGCAAUUAUUUAGCGAAUUUCAACGGAGCAUCGGAGCCCGUGACGCGUUGUCAAGAAAUGUCGGGUCCACUAGAUCGGUUCGCCAGGCCUUGCUUUGAGGGGUUUUCAGGUAGUGAUGAGAGGAGGGAAAGAAAAUCGGAUUUUGAAAACUCUGAGGAUGAAAGGCGCUCAAGGAUUGGAUCUUUGAAGAAGAAAGCCUUAAAUGCUUCCUCUAAAUUCAGGCAUUCUCUGAAGAAAAAGAGCGGUAGAAGGAAAAGUGAUGUGCGCGUUAGCUCUGUUUCAAUUGAGGAUGUGCGUGAUGUUGAGGAGCUACAGGCUGUUGAUGCAUUUCGGCAAUCUCUAAUUAUGGAUGAGAUGCUUCCUGAAAGACAUGAUGACUAUCACAUGAUGUUAAGGUUCUUAAAAGCAAGGAAGUUUGAUAUCGAGAAAGCAAAACACAUGUGGGCUGAUUUGCUUCAAUGGAGAAAGGAUUUUGGUGCUGACACUAUUCUGGAGGAUUUUGAAUUUAAAGAAUUAAAUGAAGUUUUGAAGUAUUACCCUCAUGGAUAUCAUGGGGUGGAUAAGGAGGGAAGGCCUGUUUACAUUGAAAGACUGGGGAAAGUUGAUCCUAACAAACUUAUGCAAGUUACUACUAUGGAUCGGUAUGUCAAGUAUCAUGUUCAAGAGUUUGAAAAAUCCUUUGCGGUAAAGUUUCCAGCUUGUACCAUUGCUGCAAAGAGGCAUAUCGAUUCAAGUACAACAAUUUUAGAUGUUCAAGGAGUGGGAUUAAAGAAUUUCACCAAGUCAGCACGGGAUCUCAUAAUGCGGCUUCAAAAAAUUGAUAGUGAUAAUUAUCCUGAGACUCUUUGCCAAAUGUUUAUCAUCAAUGCGGGCCCUGGAUUUAGGCUGCUAUGGAAUACAGUGAAAUCUUUUCUAGAUCCAAAAACAACUUCCAAGAUUCAUGUUCUUGGAAACAAGUACCAGAGCAAAUUGCUUGAGAUAAUUGAUGCCAGUGAAUUGCCAGAAUUUCUGGGCGGUACCUGUACUUGUGCUGAUCAGGGUGGUUGCCUUCGAUCUGAUAAGGGACCAUGGAAAAACCCAGAAAUAUUGAAGAUGGUCCUUAAUGGAGAAGCAUGUCGUGGCAGGCAAGUUGUGAAAAUUUUAAACAGCGAAGGGAAAGUUAUUGCUUAUGCUAAGCCUAAUUACCCAAUGCAGUUGAAGGGUAGUGAUACGUCCACUGCUGAGUCAGGAUCUGAGGCAGAAGACAUAGCUUCCCCUAAGGCAAUAAGGAGUUAUUCACAUCUUAGAUUGACUCCCGUUCGUGAAGAAGCUAAGGUCGCUGGGAAACCAGGUUAUGUUGGUAGCUUUGCUGGGUAUGAUGAAUAUGUUCCAAUGGUUGACAAAGCUGUUGAUGCUGUUUGGAAGAAGCAAGCAUCUCUGCAGAUGCCCUCUGCUUCCAAAGGAACUCUUUCACAACCUGUCACUUCAAAGGCACCCGAAGGAAUCCGUGCUCGGUUUAUGGUUGCAUUCAUGGCAUUCUUCAUGACACUCUUAACUCUCUUCCGUUCAGUUGCUUCCCGUGUAACGAAAAGACUUCCUGAUGCAACAUCUGAUCAUGGUUUUAAUAUUCCCAAACCUGCUGUUGAGACUCAAAAGGAGGAGUUUCGGCCACCAUCACCAGGUCCAUCUUUUACUGAAGCAGAUCUCAUUUCCUCUGUAAUGAAAAGAUUGGGUGAGCUUGAAGAGAAAGUUGAAACCCUUCAAUCGAAACCAUCUGAGAUGCCUUAUGAGAAAGAGGAAUUGCUGAAUGCUGCAGUUUGUCGUGUAGAUGCUCUUGAAGCAGAGCUGAUUGCUACCAAGAAGGCGCUUCAUGAAGCUUUGAUGAGACAAGAAGAAUUGCUUGCAUACAUAGACAGGCAAGAAGAUGCGAAGCUCAGGAAAAAGAAGUUUUGCCUGUGAUGUGGUUUGUCAAUGGGAGGAGGAAUACAUCAACUGCCUGGCUGUUUCUCAAUCACAACAAGUACAUACUAGCAGUUAAUGUUGAACCGACCAUGUUGAUCAUCCGAGCGUAUACUACUGCAACAACUUAAUUACAUAUAAACUCAAGCCCCAAUGCCCAUCCUGCUGUAAGCGAGGCAAAUUUAUGAAAACUUAUGCAGAAUGAUGUUUCAAACUAUGGUUUGUUUUGUUUAUUCCUUUUUGACAUAUUGUGAUACUUGGAAUGAGCACGCUUAAUUUAACGAGAUUUAUCUAUAAUAUAUUCAGUUGCUGUCUUUCUGCAA